AUGGAUUACGAGCUGGAAGAAGACAAGCUUGGGAUUCCAACAGUUCCCGGAACAGUGAGCCUGAAGAAAGAUGCCAACAAUUUGAUUGGAAUAAGCAUUGGGGGAGGGGCACAGUACUGUCCUUGUCUCUACAUUGUGCAGGUUUUUGAUAACACUCCUGCAGCUCUGGAGGGCACACUGGCCGCGGGAGACGAAAUAACAGGAGUUAAUGGUAAAGCAGUGAAAGGAAAGACAAAAGUGGAAGUCGCAAAGAUGAUUCAAGCUGUCCAGGGAGAAGCAGUCGUUCAUUAUAAUAAAUUGCAAGCGGACCCAAAGCAAGGGAAAUCACUGGAUAUAGUUCUAAAAAAAGUGAAGCAUCGUCUUGUUGAGAAUAUGAGCUCCGGUACAGCAGAUGCCCUCGGACUUAGUAGAGCUAUUUUGUGCAACGAUGGUUUGGUGAAGCGACUAGAAGAACUAGAAAAGACAGCUGAGCUCUACAAAGGACUUAUGGAGCACACAAAGAGACUGCUGAGAGCUUUCUUUGAGCUGGCCCAAACUCACAGAGCCUUUGGUGACGUCUUCUCUGUUAUUGGGGUUCGGGAGCCGCAGGCCGCAGCCAGUGAGGCGUUUGUAAAGUUUGCAGUCGCUCACCGCAGCAUUGAGAAAUCAGGUAUUCAGCUUCUGAAGACCAUCAAACCGAUGCUCCAUGACCUUAACACUUACCUUCACAAAGCCAUUCCAGACACCAAGCUUACUAUUAGAAAGUAUCUAGAUGUCAAGUUUGAAUACUUGUCUUACUGUUUGAAGGUUAAAGAAAUGGAUGAUGAAGAAUACAGCAGUAUUGCUAUGGGUGAGCCCCUGUAUAGAGUUAGUACAGGUAACUAUGAGUAUCGCCUGAUUCUCCGAUGUCGCCAAGAAGCCCGUGCCCGCUUUGCAAAAAUGAGGAAAGAUGUUUUGGAGAAAAUAGAACUUCUUGAUCAAAAACAUGUUCAGGACAUCGUGUUCCAGCUGCAGCGCUUUGUUUCAAGCAUGUCACACUACUACGAUGAGUGUUACGCAGAGCUGAAAGAGGCAGACGUGUUCCCCAUCGAGGUGGACCUGUCUCGAACCAUGCUGAGCUACAGCAGCCAGUCCUUCUCAUACACAGAUGAGGAUGACGAGGAGCAGGGGGGCACCGAUGAACCGGUUCAACAGAGAGAGAACGGCGCGGAGAAGCUGAUAGAUGAUGACUAA